AAUAUCAGUCAAAAAGCUCCCCCUCACCCCACCUCUCGAACUCUCCGUCCCUCCGAACCCUAGCUUUCCCCCGCCUCCCCUCCAUGGCUGACGGCGAUCCGGCGCCAGCGCCGGCGCCGAACAGCGAGAAGCCUUCAGCCCCGGCGGCGGCGGUCGAGGUGGAGGAGACGAGGCGGCCGCCGCCGGAGCCCCCCGGGGGUCCGGUCGAGGAGAAGCGCCAGUCCCAGGUGGAGGCGAUGGCGGCCGAGGUGGAGACGCGCCCGCCGCCGGAGGCCCCCGGGGCGCCGCCCGCUGAGAACCGGGAGAAAGAGGCGGAGGCAGAGGCGAAGGAGAGGAAAAAAGUGGAGAAGGGGAUGGGGAAUGAGACGAUGGAGACGAAGGAGAAGCGGGAGGAGAAGGGGAAGGGUGAGAAGCAGGGGAAGGAGGCGGCAAAGGAGAAGGCUGAGGCGAAGGGGAAGGUGAAGGUACAUGCGGUGGUGAAGGUGGAGGGGACGGAGAAGGAGAUCAAGCCGACCCGGCGGCCGGCCGGGGCCAGCGCGGAGACACCCAUCCUCGCGGUGCCAGUGGUGGCAGUGCCGUGCUUCAUAGCGCCUUCGGGCUUCGCGGGCCAGUUUGCAAUGACGCAUCAAGCAGCUUUGGCGAGUGUAACAGCCCAGGCACAAAUGCACUUGCAAUCCCCAACCACAUCUACAUGUUCAGAAGCGCCAUCAAGUCCAUUUUAUAUAACACCAAGAUCUAUAGUGCCACUGCAGCAAUCACCAUUUUCAUCGGAGCCAAAAUCACCCCACCUUGUAAAUAUGGUGGCUGAUGGCUUCAACUGGAGGAAAUAUGGCCAGAAGCAGGUGAAAAGUAGUGAGAAUUCCAGGAGCUACUACAGAUGCACUAGCUCAGGUUGUUUGGCUAAAAAGAAGGUUGAGCAUUGCCCUGAUGGCCGUGUUGUGGAAAUCAUUUAUAGAGGGGCUCAUAAUCAUGAACCACCUCCAAAAACUAGAUUUGCAAAAGAAAAGGUGACUCCUAUUAGUGUUCCCUCUGGAGGUGAAACCUUGAGACUUGUGAAUACAGAAAUUCUAGAAUCUAGUACACCUACCUGUAAAUCAGACCAUUGUGCUGUCACAGAAACCUGUGAGCAGCAGCUCUUUUGCUCGAGUGAUUGCGAAGGUGAUGCUGGUAACAAAUCGGAAGAUGAACAUCCUAGUGCAGAACCCAUGCCGAAGCGAAGGGUGAUUGAAACCACAGCACCUAACUUAACCCCAGUUCUCAGAACUGUUAGAGAGCAAAAGAUUAUUGUGCAGGCUGGAAAGAUGAGUGAUGGAUACAGAUGGCGCAAGUAUGGACAGAAAAUUGUUAAGGGAAAUCCAAACCCCAGGAGUUAUUAUCGCUGCACGCAUGGUGGGUGUCCUGUCCGUAAGCAUGUGGAAAAGGCACCAGAUGAUGUCAACAAUAUUGUUGUAACUUAUGAAGGUAAACAUAACCAUGAUGAACCAUUUAGAAGCAACAGCAUACCUGUGUCUGCUAUCAGUCCACCAGUGGCAACCAUCGAGCAACCCAACACAUCAACCACAACAUCAGAUGGGAAACCCCCAACCAUCACUCAGAAGGAUGCCAACGGUGAGUCUGAUAAGGAAACUACUUUGGAAUUCGGAGGUGAGAAAGCACUUGAAUCUGCACAAACACUGCUCAGCAUCAAAACUAAUUCUGAUGACAGGAAGAACUCUGUUCUGAAAGAAACUUCUUCUGCAGUUCCUGUCCAAAACAGCUGAAUUCUGCUGAGAUAGGGUGAUUCUAUUGACGUAUUAGCCUGUGAUAUUUGUUGGUUGUCUUAUUGUGUUAGCUUGUGUAUGAGGUGAGGUUGGCGUUCCCCAUUCUGUGGAGCACUAUAGGAAAAAUUGAGGAAACAUUUAGGUUCUGGGACGCAUGACUGGUCGUGUACCUGUAUAGAUUUUCAAUCAUUAGUGUGUAUAGGUACUGUAUUUCAUACCUGAGGCUAAGCAACAAAGAGACCCGAUGGCGUGUGGAGUUGAUCUUCAUAAAUUGUGUGCUGUAUUGUUCAAGUUCCAUUUAUUGCAUAGCUGAUCUGAGAUAUGGUGACGGUAUGACUAUGACACCAGAAGGCACAUUGUGUAUGGUAAUUAAAGUUGUAAUCGCAGCAUCAUUGUGUGUGAAGUCCA